AUGCAUGCAUUACGCCAAGAUAUCUUAUCCCCAAGUGGUGUAGAGUUCGUGACAUGUUUGAAGUUGACUCCAUCCACCGUCAAACCGAAACCUGACAGCCAGAAGGCCCUCCCUCUGUUCAACUUGGUCGUUGCACGUUCUAACCUCCUUCGUAUACUUGAGGUCAGGGAGGUCCCUACUUUAAGGCCAAUUCACCUGGACGAUGAAAGGGAGCGUCGGGGUAAUGUGAGGAAGGGGACGGAACCGGUUGAAGGAGAGGUCGAGAUGGACGAGCAAGGGGAGGGUUACGUCAACAUGGGCGCUUCAACCGCAUCCAAUGGGGCGCCUCGCCCAACUGUUCUCCGCUUUUACUUUGUGCGAGAUUAUCGUCUUCAUGGAACUGUCACCGGACUGGAGACUGUGCGCAUCAUGUCUUCGUUGGAAGAUGAAAUGGACAGACUUCUGGUCUCUUUCAAGGAUGCAAAGAUUGCCCUCCUUGAGUGGUCGACUGAUACUCACAGUCUCUCAACGGUCUCGAUCCACACUUACGAACGUGCACCUCAACUGCUAUCUCUGGAUUCCAACAUGUUCACAGCGCAGCUGCGAACAGACCCAUUGUCGCAAUGCGCGGCCUUAUCUCUGCCGAAGGAUGCCUUCGCCAUUCUGCCAUUCUACCAGACUCAGGUCGAUCUCGACGUCAUGGAUCAAGACCAAACUAGAGCUAGGGAUGUACCUUACUCGCCCAGCUUCAUUCUGGAUCUUGCCGCGGAGGUCGAUGAACGAAUCCGGAACGUGGUCGAUUUUGUCUUUCUUCCCGGCUUCAGCCAUCCUACGGUCGCCGUUCUAUUCCAGGCUCAACAGACAUGGACAGGUCGCUUGAAGGAAUAUAAAGACACAAUGAGACUGUUCAUAUUCACUCUCAAUGUCGUCACUCGAAGCUACCCCAUCAUCACUUCCGUCGAAGGUCUUCCUUACGAUUGCCUCUCCGUCGUUCCUUGUCCAGCGGCAUUAGGAGGCGUGGUCGUCCUCACCAGUAACUCUGUCAUACACAUCGAUCAGGCCUCUCGUCGUGUAGCACUCGCAGUGAAUGGAUGGAUGCCUCGCGUGAGCGACAUGCCUGUCACCGCCCUUGCCCAAGGAGACCAGGGCCGUCUCGAACUGGAGGGAUCUCGAAUGACGUUCGUCGACGACAAAACCCUGUUCAUCGUGCUGAAGGAUGGGACCAUCCAUCCUGUCGAAUUUUUCGUGGAUGGGAAAGUCGUAUCGAAGCUGUCCAUAUCGCCGCCUCUGGCCCAGACGACGACACCGUCGGUUAUCAGGAAGAUUACGAAUGAACACUUUUUCGUGGGGAGUACCGCUGGUCCCUCUGCUUUGCUGAAAGUUUCCGGUGUAGAAGAGGACAUACAGGAUGACGUCGAGGAAAUAGACGGGAAGACGGCGCCCGCGGCCGUGGUUGACUCUGUCGAUGGGAUGGAUAUAGACGAUGACGACGAUCUGUACGGGUCGUCGAAGGCCGACCCUACGCCCACCGCAAAUGGGAAUGCUGUCGAAACCACCUCUACCACGAGGAAACGCACAGUCAUACAUCUAUCUUUGUGCGACUCGUUGCCCGCCCAUGGCCCUAUAUCAGAUAUGACCUUCUCCAUGACCAAGAACGGGGAUCGAGCUGUCCCAGAGCUUGUCGCAGCUACGGGCUCAGGUCUGCUCGGUGGCUUCACUUUAUUCCAGCGCGACCUUCCCAUCCGCACGAAACGAAAACUGCAUGCUAUCGGUGGCGCGCGGGGCGUGUGGUCUUUGCCCGUACGACAAGCCGUCAGGGUUAACGGUGUGUCGUACCAGACUCCCCAGAACCCGCUUCGGUCAGACAACGAUACCAUCAUUAUCAGCACUGACGCAACUCCCAGUCCUGGAAUCUCACGGAUCGCCACUCGGUCGUCCAAGACGGACCUCAAUAUUACCACGCGUAUCCCAGGUGUGACUACGGUUGGAGCCGCACCCUUCUUCCAGGGCACAGCGAUCCUGCACGUGCUGAGCAACGCUAUUCGGGUGCUUGAGCCAGACGGCUCGGAACGGCAGCCCAUCAAAGACAUGGAUGGAAAUAACUAUAGAGCCAAGAUCAAGAAUUGUAGUAUUUGUGACCCGUACGUCUUCGUGCUCCGGGAGGACGAGACCAUAGGGCUGUUCAUUGGCGAAACGGAGCGAGGCAAAAUUCGACGGAAGGACAUGUCACCAAUGGGAGACAAGACCUCGAGAUACAUCGCCGGAUGUUUCUUUUCCGAUACCACCGGCACAUUCCAGGCGCAUGUUAACAGCAGUCUCAACGGGUCCAACACGACAAAGCAAAACGCCACAUCCACGCUUCAGUCUGUGAUGAAUGCGGGGCAGAAGACUCAAUGGCUACUGCUCGUUCGACCGCAGGGUGUGAUGGAAAUCUGGACUCUACCAAAGUUGACCCUUGUAUUCUCGACGACGGCAUUGGCGACGCUCCAGCCCCUCCUCGUCGACUCACUGGACCCACCAGCACUAUCAUCGCUCCCUCAAGAUCAACCCCGAAAACCUCAGGAGUUAGACAUCGACCAAAUUUUAGUCGCACCUCUAGGCGAAACUUCUCCGCGUCCUCACCUCUUUGUGCUGCUUCGGUCAGGCCAAUUAGCCAUCUACGAGGCGGUGUCUUUCGAGCUACCCACAGGCGACCCUGAGCCUGCCUCUCGACCCUCGAUUCUCCCCGUGAAGCUCGUGAAAGUCCUGUCUAGAGCGUUUGAUAUCCAGCACCCGGACGAACAGCCCCAGGAGAAGUCUGUCCUCGCGGAACUGAAGAAAAUACAGCGGUUGUUCAUCCCGUUCGUUACGUCGCCUGCGCCAGAAAAGACAUUCACGGGCGUGUUUUUCACGGGUGACAGGCCAUGUUGGAUUUUGGGGACGGACAAGGGAGGUAUCAGGGUGCAUUCUUCGGGGCACGCGGUCGUGCAUUCGUUCACGCCGUGUUCGCUCUGGGACUCUAAAGGCGACUUUUUGUUGUAUACUGACGAGGGACCAUGUUUACUUGAGUGGAUGCCGGACGUACAGCUGCAUACAGAGUUGCCCUCGAGAUUUAUGCCACGUUCUAGAGCAUAUACAAAUGUGGUCUUUGAUCCUUUCACGUGUCUCAUCGUAGGAGCGGCGAGCUUGAAGGCGCAAUUCACCUCUUUCGACGAGGACGGAAAUCAGACCUGGGAGCCUGAUGCGCCGAAUAUCUCAUAUCCCACGACCGAUUGCUCCACUUUGGAACUGAUUACGCCUGAUGCUUGGCUAACAAUGGACGGAUAUGAAUUUGCAUCCAACGAAAUAGUCAAUGCUGUCGAAUGUGUCAUGCUCGAAACUCAAAGCACAGAUUCGGGCCAGAAGAGUUUCAUCGCUGUCGGUACAACCAUCAAUCGAGGCGAGGAUCUCGCAGUCAAGGGAGCGACCUACAUCUUCGAGAUCGUCGAGGUCGUACCUGAUCCAUCCUUCGGAGUCAAGCGUUGGUUCAAGCUGCGAAUGCGGUGUCGAGAUGACGCCAAAGGUCCAGUCACUGCUUUAUGCGGCAUGGAUGGAUAUCUCGUUUCAUCGAUGGGUCAAAAGAUAUUUGUUCGCGCGUUGGAUCUGGACGAGCGGUUGGUCGGCGUUGCAUUCUUGGAUGUGGGGGUAUACGUGACGUCGUUGCGCGCUUUGAAGAACCUGUUGAUCAUCUCGGAUGCAGUCAAGAGUGUUUGGUUUGUCGCUUUCCAGGAGGAUCCUUACAAGUUAACGGUGCUGGCGAAAGAUGCACAGCAAGUCUGCUUUACUUCGGCAGACUUUUUCUUCGCCAACCAACAGCUGUCCAUCGUAACUUGUGACGAGGAAGGUAUACUUCGGAUGUAUCACUACAAUCCGCAUGAUCCCGAAUCGAAAAAUGGCCAGCGCCUUCUCUGCCAUGCAGAGUUCCAUGGCCAAAUAGAGUAUCGGAGUUCGCUCACCAUCGCUAGGCGGACGAAGGGCCCAGAUACGGAGAUACCGCAAGCUAAACUUAUUUGUGGGUCGCCGGAUGGAUCAUUGAGUGCAUUGGUACCAGUCGAGGAAGCGGCCUUCAAGCGAUUGCACCUCCUACAAGGACAGCUCACACGAAACGUCCAACAUACAGCAGCUCUGAACCCUCGAGCCUUCCGGGCUGUGCGAAAUGAAUAUGUUUCUAAAACUCUACACAAGGGCUUCUUGGAUGGGCUUCUUCUCAGAUCGUUUGAGGAUCUCCCUGUGUCGAGACAGAUUGAGAUCACACGGCAAAUAGGGACAGAGCGAAGGCUUGUAUUGAAGGAUUGGGUGGCUUUAGGUGGCCCGUGGUGA